UAUCCUCAACAGAUGAUUAUUAGCCAGGGAUGGAGCUGAGGCUGAGACUGUGUCACCCUCUGUUGGUCACCGUUCAGCACAGCAGCAACAAAUCACAGAGGAGAGCCAGGGGCUGCAUUGACGGUUACAAUUUACGAGGCAGAUUUCAGGAGGCCAAUCCAUAACAUUCCCAAAAGAUGUUGGACCUGUGUGAGAGAGGUCACGCCCUGAGGUCACACCAGAGGCCAGACUUUAUGAUGCUGCCUGUUAAGAACACUUGUGCUUUACAGAGACGUCGCACCAGGUGGAGGAGGAUUUUCAAAGACAAGGGGACGGUGUGAUGUGUCGCCUCACCAGAGAGACGGAGUCAUAGUCUCUUUUGCAGGAGUGCAAUUAGUACAUCAUGAAACAGCACCUGACCGGAGACUGUCACAACCACUGAAGCUGAGCAAAAAGUCCCAGUUCCACUACAGACAAGGCUAUGGUGAAAUGGCCAACAGGAAAAGACGGCAUCCAGGAUACUUGGAGCUGCACGGUGCAGGGACAGCAGCACUUAUUUCAGCCCCCAUGCUCCCGUCAGUGGUCCAGUCCAUUACCCUAAGACCUGUUUUGAUGAUGGGAGGAGGCCGGAGAACCCAUCACCCACCACCACUGUUUGCAGCACAGGGCAAAAAGGCAGCAGGGAGCAGAAGUAAAGUCAGUGUCGUUGUUGACCCAAAGGGUUUUUCCCAGCCAGAGGAGGAGAGAGGAUGCUGAACAACAUCACAGACUGCGAGGAGGGAGAGGGGGGACCCAACAGCAAGGGUGAUGUUAACCCCAGAGAGAGCAGUCCUUUCAUAUACAGCAGCGCAGCCGGCGAUGUGGAAAAGAAGAACCUGCAAUAUGACGGCAAGAAUAUGGCUCUCUUUGAAGAGGAGAUGGACACCAGUCCAAUGGUGUCCUCUUUGCUCAGUAGUCUGGCGAACUACUCCAACCUCCCAACUGGCAGCAAAGAGCAUGAGGAGGCAGAGAAUAAUGAGGAGGGGGCACGUCCAUCUAAAAAACCUGUCAAGGCCCCACAGUUGGGCACUCUCAUGGGAGUGUACUUGCCGUGUAUCCAGAACAUUUUUGGCGUGAUUCUCUUCCUGCGGAUGACCUGGAUGGUUGGGAUCGGGGGUGUUUUUGGCUCCUUCGUAAUCGUUUUCAUGUGUUGCUCCACGACCAUGCUCACCGCCAUCUCCAUGAGUGCCAUUGCAACAAAUGGUGUCGUACCAGCCGGAGGGUCAUAUUACAUGAUCUCUCGCUCGCUGGGGCCCGAGUUUGGUGGAGCGGUCGGGAUCUGCUUCUACUUAGGAACCACUUUUGCAGGUGCCAUGUAUAUUCUUGGCUGCAUUGAAAUUCUGCUGAUCUACAUUGUUCCUCAGGCAGCCGUCUUUAAGAUCGAGGGCCUGGAGGGGGCAGAGGCGGAGGCGGCUCUCCUCAACAACAUGCGAGUGUACGGCACCAUUGUUCUGAGCUUAAUGGCACUGGUGGUGUUUGUGGGGGUCAAAUAUGUCAACAAGCUGGCGCUGGUCUUCCUCGCCUGUGUCAUCCUCUCAAUCGUAGCUGUUUACGCCGGAAUCAUCAAGACGGCCAUCGACCCGCCUGUCUUCCCGGUCUGUCUCCUAGGGAAUCGAACUCUGGUCUCCAAAGGUUACGACGUGUGUGCAAAGGUCAUUGAGAUAGACAACGAGACUGUCACCACCAAACUGUGGAGGUCCUUCUGUGAUUCCGAGUCCCUCAACGCCACGUGUGAUGAAUACUUCAACAACAACAACGUCACAGAGAUACAGGGAAUCCCGGGAGUCACUAGUGGCGUCCUGGCAGAAAACCUGUUUGGUAACUACCUGGAAAAAGGGGUGAUCCUGGAAAAGCGAGGAAUUGUGUCUGACGUGGAUCCAGACAGUCCCGCGACCAGCUCUAACCGCUAUGUUCUGGCCGACAUCACCAGCUUCUUCACCCUGCUGGUGGGCAUAUACUUCCCAUCUGUCACAGGUAUCAUGGCCGGCUCCAACCGCUCCGGGGACCUGCGUGACGCUCAGAAGUCAAUCCCCAUCGGCACCAUCGCAGCCAUUACCACCACGUCUACUGUGUACAUGUCCUGUGUGGUGCUGUUUGGUGCCUGUAUAGAAGGAGUGGUUCUAAGGGACAAGUUUGGUGAAGGCGUCAGUGGCAAUCUGGUGAUCGGGACACUAGCGUGGCCGUCUCCAUGGGUGAUUGUGUUUGGCUCCUUCUUCUCCACCUGCGGUGCUGGACUUCAGAGUCUGACAGGAGCGCCACGCCUCCUACAGGCCAUCGCAAGGGACGGCAUCAUCCCGUUUCUGAGAGUUUUUGGACAUGGCAAAGCGAAUGGGGAGCCCACGUGGGCUCUCCUGCUCACAGCCAGCAUCUGUGAGAUUGGCAUCAUCAUCGCCUCCCUGGAUGCAGUCGCACCUAUACUCUCCAUGUUCUUCUUGAUGUGCUACAUGUUUGUCAACCUCGCCUGUGCACUGCAGACUCUGCUCAGGACGCCAAACUGGAGGCCGCGCUUUAAGUUCUACCACUGGGCUCUGUCUUUCCUGGGCAUGAGUUUGUGCCUGUCCCUCAUGUUCAUCUGCUCCUGGUAUUAUGCCAUCGUAGCCAUGGGCAUCGCUACCUGCAUCUACAAAUACAUAGAGUUCUGUGGGGCUGAGAAGGAGUGGGGUGAUGGGAUACGCGGCAUCUCACUGAGCGCGGCUCGCUUUGCUCUCAUGAGGCUGGAGGAGGGACCACCACACACCAAGAACUGGAGGCCUCAGAUCCUGGUCCUGGUGAGUGUGGAUGCCGAGCAGAACGUAGAGCAGCCUCGUCUUCUGUCUCUGACCAAUCAGCUGAAAGCAGGAAAAGGUCUGACCAUCGUUGGUACCACAGUUCAAGGUACCUUCCUCGACAACUACACUGAAGCACAGAGGGCAGACCAGUCUUUGCGUAAGUUGAUGGAGACAGAGAAGGUGAAGGGAUUCUCGCAGGUGGUCACGUCCAAUCUGCGAGACGGGACGUCCCACCUGAUCCAGGUCGGAGGCCUGGGAGGUCUGAAGCACAACACCGUGAUGGUCAGCUGGCCCCGUAACUGGAAACAGCCCGAGUAUCACCAGCACUUCAGGAACUUUAUUGAGGUGGUUAGAGAGACAACUGUGGCCAGUCUGGCCUUGUUGGUCCCGAAGAAUAUAUCCAGCUACCCGUCCAAUGGAGAGCGCUUCACUGAAGGCCACAUAGAUGUGUGGUGGAUUGUGCACGACGGAGGCAUGCUGAUGCUUCUGCCCUUCCUGCUGCGCCAACAUAAGGUGUGGAGGAAGUGCAAGAUACGCAUUUUCACCGUAGCUCAGAUGGAUGAUAACAGUAUCCAGAUGAAAAAAGACCUCAUCACCUUCCUCUAUCACCUGCGCAUCAGUGCUGAGGUGGAAGUGGUGGAGAUGCUUGACGGCGACAUCUCAGCCUACACGUACGAGAAGACACUAAUAAUGGAGCAACGAUCACAGAUCCUCAAGCAAAUGCAUCUGACGAAGAAUGAGAAGGAGAGAGAGAUACAGAGCAUCACUGAUUCAUCCCGUGGGUCCAUUCGCCGCAAGAACCCGCCGACUUUAUGUGUCCAGCACUGUGCUGAGGAGGGAACCAGCGUGGCAGAAAAAACAGAAGCCGAGUCUGUGGCUAUCUCCAACUCAAAACAGGUGCCGCUGGUCCACAGUAAGAACGCCUCGACGCCGACCAGCCCCACCUGUCCCCCGUCCUCCGCCACCUGGACCGACAACAAGGGGAAGAACCUUCUGGCGGUGAGCCCAGAGUCGGGCAAAGACCUCUUCAACAUGAAGCCGGAAUGGGAACACCUGAACCAGUCCGAUUUGAGGCGCAUGCACACAGCAGUGCGGCUAAAUGAGGUCAUCAUGAAGAAGUCCAAGGAGGCAAAACUCGUCCUGCUCAACAUGCCCGGGCCUCCAAAGAACCGUAACAACCACACUAACCCUAUGGACAACGCCGUGUACAGGGACUAUCCUAUCUUCACUGACAUACAGGUCAUGAUAUUCCUCGGCUUCGGGUGCCUGUUGGCAUUUUUCCGACUGUACGGCUUUAGUGGGAUGGUUUUUAAUUUCCUCACCGCGACGUUUGCCAUCCAGUGGGCGAUUCUGGUGCAGGGCUACUUCCAGUUCAGCCACGAUGGUAAGAUACACCUCGGGGUGAACAACCUCAUCAAUGCGGAGUUCGCCUGUGCUGUGGUGUUGAUCUCCUGCGGGGCAGUGCUGGGGAAGACCAGUCCGCUGCAGCUGCUGGUCAUGGCUCUGCUGGAGGUGCCGGUGUUUGCAGCCACAGAAUGGGCCGUGCUGAAAUAUCUGAAGAUUAACGAUGCGGGCGGAUCUAUUCUCAUUCACCUUUUCGCCUGUUACUUUGGACUGGGUGUCACGUUUGUGCUGUACAGGCCUCAGUUAAAUGACGGCCAUGCGAAGGAGACCACCAGCUAUCAGUCUGACAUGCUGUCAGUGAUGGGGACCUUGUUCCUCUGGGUGUUCUGGCCGUCCUUUAACUCAGCGCUGACCCUGAAAGGAGACGACCAGCACAGAGCCAUCCUCCAUACCUUCAUUGGCCUCAGCGCCUCCACGCUCACCGCCUUCGCUCUCUCUGCGAUGCUUAAUAAAAGCGGAAAGCUCACCAUGGCUGACAUUCAGAACGUCACUCUGGCAGGAGGCGUGACAGUCGGGGCGUCUGUGGAUAUGAUGAUUUCGCCCGCCGCUGCGUACGCUCUGGGCAUACUGGGCUGCACCGCAUGCAUGCUGGGCUACAAGUACUUGAGCCCGUUCUUGGCGCGGCGCUUCAGGAUCCAGGAUCAAUGUGGAAUACACAACUUACACGGUCUAACAGGACUUAUAUCCUGUGCUGCAGGGAUAUGUGCCAUCCUGGUAGCCAGUGAGGAGGUUUAUGGCCCCAGUUUAUAUGAGAUCUUUACACAUCGCGCUCCAGUGGAAGGAGAUCCCAGACUGCGAGAACUGCAGCUGUUGAUUCCUGGUUUACGGCCUGGUCUGGGGAGGACCGCCCAGGAACAGGCUCUCUUCCAGGUCGCAGCUGUGUUCUCCACCAUCGGUGUGUCAGCGCUAGGAGGCGUCGCCACCGGCUUCAUCUUAAAACUGCCGUUCCUUGCGCCUCCGUCUGAUGAUUUCUGUUUCGACGAUAAGCUGUUUUUUGACGUUCCUCCCGACUAUGACACACCGCUCAAACUGCAGCUGCUUAGAGUUGUCAAUGAAUCUGACUGAAACGGGACGUAAUUAAUGAACCUCCAGCAGUGGAUUACACGUAUAGUGACUAAUAAUUAAAAGGCAGAGUAGGCAGGAUUACAUAAUAACCUUUGCAGCACAACAAUCUAGUGACUGAGGGACAGAACGACACACCUUCCCUGGGCUUACAGCCCUGUGAAAUUCACGACAGGAGACUUUGACCAAUUAUUGAGCAGAUUAAAGAGUGAGUGGAUUAGAGUGCGGCUGGGACUGCAUUUUUCUGUCAAACCCAACUGAGCACGAGACAACAUUGACUGAACCUGACACAGUAAUGCCGCUUUUCCACUAUACAGUUCUAGCUCGACUCAACUCUUUUUUUGUUUGUCCAUCAGUGAUAGUACCUGGUACCUGGUGGGGUUUUUGUUACCUGCUCUGACGAGGUUCCAAGUGAGCUGAGCCGAUACUAAAUUGUGACGUCCAGACGUUCUUGUGUUUGUGGGCUGACGAGAGGAUCCAGAGAGACCUUUGUUUGUGUCACAUCGAAAACAACAUCACUGCAGUUUCGCGCAGCUAUGCUAUGACGACCCCGCCCACAUUGAGGAGGUACUGUGAAGUAAUGGAAAACGAUGUGACUGAUACCCAAACCGAGUAGAGCCGAGUAGAGUGCUAGAACUGUAUGACGGAAAAGCACCGUUAGAGAAAACUGAAGCAUACUCUUACUGUCACACAGGUGGAUGUUUGUGGUGCUUUUAUUUAUGGUUUACGACAAACAACAAAGUGAUUGUUACCUCCACACGGAAGUAAUUAAUAGCCCCAUAAACGCACGUACAUCCGCACAGAUAGACAGUCAGUUAGUCUUUAUCACCUCUUGUUGAACUAUAACUGCUGCUAACUAGUUACAUAAUCCAACUAUCGUGCUUUGUAUUGAGUUGUUGUCCAUCGUGGAUGCCUUCAACCGCCUGUGUUUUGUCUUCAAUGUCGUAAAUACAGCAGUAAACCUACUACUUAGUAAACAAACACUAGGUCAUCACUCAUUAUACAUCUAUUUAUGAAGUGUUUACACUGCAUUUUCAAUAAAUGCCAUUUAAAUUCACCUUAUUUUAGGUUUCACUAAAAGAACUGGAAAUUACAUAUCAUCUGGUGGGACUGAAUCUGACCCAAACCUGACAAUCAUUUCUGGAUUUUUGUCCAAACUUGGCCCGAGCCAUUGGGUAUCCACGCUCUAGACUGGAUGCUCCUGCAUUGGCGGCGUGCUUGUGCAGAACUUGAUGAUCUUGAAAAGUCUGCAAAAAAGUUCAGAAGGUAGGCAUGUAAAUAUAAAACUUCAUGAAGUCAGGGUCUGGAAAAAGUCUGGAAUUGUUAAAUGUUUAACAUGUAACAUAAUGUUUAAACACCAGCAUCAACAACAACAGCCUAGACUGCAAAGAAACUGAAAUGAAAUGGCAUCUGAACUAUGAACUCAAUAAAGCGCAUGUUAAUAUGGGCAGAGCAUUUCUGAGAUUAAACUGAUGAGAGGACACAGAGCUGUGAUCUCAACACAUUCAGUGCAUGAAAAUAAAUGUUUCUGCUGCCUACGGCAUUUUUUAAUUGUUUACAUUCAUUAUAUUGGUGGUCACCACUGAUAAUAAUGAAGAAGGGUGCAGUGGUUCUGUCUAUCACUGUCUAAUACAACCAUUUACUUUAUUAUUUAUUAUACUGCAUGCAAAUGUCAAAGGAAAAUGAGUGAUGAACAUUUUCUUUUUUUGACUAAUCUGACCACAAAAAGAACUGCACAGCAGGAGUCUGUGGUUUCAGCCCUCAUGUUUGUCCUCUACAUCAACAGAAAACAUACAACCUUCACCACACCACAGCCUCUGGCAAUCAGGCCAUAAAGUGAGGAGGGCGUCGCAGCAGCAGCGUAAGCAAAGCAGCCAACGGUGUGUGUGGCAUCAAGCUGUGACACGACCACCUGAGAUAAACUGUCUAAACUGUUAUAGACCCUUUUCCACUGCAGGAACUUUUGAAAAACCUCAGCAUGUUUCCACUGAAAUUACCCAGGGAUUUAAAAAAAAUAAAUCUUAUUAAACAAUAAGUUUCUAGUAAUACAAGUUCCUGGUUAAGUUGGUGGAAAAUGGGGCUAAUGACAUUAAUGUGAAAACACUUAUGGAAAACAGGAAAAUAUCUAGCAAUGAAACACAAAUAGCUCAGACUAAACUUGCACCAAAUUUGUUGUGUUUACUACACAAAGUUAAGGAAAACAUAAGACCCCAGGAAAAUAAGCUAAUUAAGUGUUGAAAUAGAAAAGUACUGCUGUUUAUCUCGGCUGUUUAUGAGAGAGAGUGAAAAAAGCCCCUCUACCAAACAUGUUGAAGAGGAGGAGGGGGGAGGGGCAGCAGCAGCAGAACAGAAAUAAAAUGAGCCAAAAAUACGACAUUGCUGACUGCAGCUUUGUCACAUAAGAAACACGAGUGCAUGUGACGAGGACACAAGAAACACUUUUUUCCUUUUUGUCCACAUAAAGUGAUAUAUUAAUGUGAAUAUGACAAAAAAGAGAAGCCACGAAGACAUCAUUAAAAAUAAAAUGUUACAGCCUGUCCACUGUUUGUCAGUGUACUGUGGAGACCUGCCACUAGAUGGAGACAAAAACAACCUGAAACAAUUUAAUAAAAAAUGUAAGCCUG